UAAGUUUGUAAACUGCAACAACACAUCCUUGACAUAUAAAUGUUAUAUAUCAUGAUUACUAAGACGAUCUUUAAACACAAUAUACUCAAAAUAAGAUAUAAAUAGCAGAUUCCAACAAAAAUAUUUGGUGUGAUAUUAUUGUCCAAUCAAAACUCAACUUAUAUUAUCAUCCGACAUUUUGAUAAUUUACACUUUUUGACCAUUUGUAUACAGUUGGAUAACAAAACAGAUGCAAGAUGCCACCAAAAACACCAAGGCGUGCAACAGCUAAUCGGAGGCAACCAUCUAAAUCGGAGGACAACCCUGAACAAUAUGGAAUGGAAUCUAGAACCAGAAAUUCUGGAAGAAAAAUAUCUGGUAACUUAUCUACUAAGGACUGUGAUGAUAACGAACAAAAUAUCACUGAUCAGCUACCAAAGAGUGGCAUUAAAAGGAAGACUGUGGAAACUUUAAAGGAAGAAAAUGAUAGGAAGAGUAUAAAAAUGGAAUGCCCAGAGAAAGAAGAGAAUGAUUUCACACCUCGUAGGAGUUCACGUGGUGUUAUACCUAAUAGGAAGUUUAAGGACAUGGAAGUGGACUUCACACCGGGUAGAAAACAAAAUUUAAAAACAGAAAAGGCAGAAGAACAGAAAAAAGACACAAGAAAAGUGCAAGCUAAAACAAAAAAACCUACACCUACCACAAGUAGAGACAAAAGCACAGCUGAUGUGAAACCAAAAAAGGAGCCAGUAAUAGCCUCUGCUGUAUCUAUAGAAGAAAUUAAAGAUGAUGCAAUAGUUGAAGAUGACAGUGCACAUGAUUAUAAUAAAAUUAUAGUCGCUAACACAGGAGAUACUCAGAGAGAUGAAGAGAUCAAGGAUUUUCCAAGUAUCAAGAUUGUAAAGUUUAAUUCUGAAAAUAAAAUAGAAAUCUCAGAUUUCAACCCUAGCAUUAGUAGUAACUCUUUAGAAAAUUUAAACAAUGAUGAAGACCAACAAGAUUUUUCAAUUAUUCGAGAAGAGGACCUUGAAAAAAUAACAUCAGAGCUCCUUGAACUUGCUCAAAAUGCUGAACAAGAACACCAUGAUCUACAACAGAUAUUCAAAGAUUCUGAGCAUGUGAGUCAGCCAGGUUUCACAGUAACUGAAAUGAAGAUCAUUGAGGUUCAGCCAGAAAUUGAAAAGAAGACAGUAGUAACAAAUAAUCAAAGUGUUCUCCUGUCAAAUUCUGUUUACAAUGUACAGACUAACAAAGAAAUUAGAAAUUUGAACUCUGACGCUUUGUCGAAAAUUAAUUCUGUACAAAGGUUUGAAUGCAACUCCUUUUCUAUGUCUCAACCUGUUGAAUGUUUUGAAAAACCAAUGGAGACACACGUCAUGGUUGAAAAUAUAAUGCAAAAACAGUUCGAUACAACAAUUUCAGAACCAAUUGAAGAAAAAGAUAAUCAUAGCCAUGUUGAAGUUGAUAGAGAGAAUGAUAUGGCUGAAAUAGUAGAAAACAGAGAAGUGGAAAACCCUUGUGAUGAAAAUUCCAAAUUGCCAGAAGAUCAAUCUGAUGCAGACGGUGAAAUUCAUUUAGCUGUGAAGAAUGCCUUAUUGGAGAUGACGGAUAAGUCAGCUGAAAGUGAAGAGAAUGAAAUAAGUGAGACCAGUCAGGAGGAAUCAGCAAAGAGCGAACCAUCAGAAUCUGUUUCCUCCUCAGGAACCCAGACAGCAAGAGAAGUCAUCAAGUUACCUGCUCUCAAUCCCAAGUCUCGUCUGGGACCAGUCAAACCCAUCACAGAAGAAGGUGAGCAGCCGCUGAAAAUUGACGAGUCGGGGAAUCCAGUGAAAACUACAAACCCAACAAAACAAGAAUUCAUUAUUGUUCAUGUACCCGAUGGACAACAGAUAAAGAGGACUUCUGUCAGGGUGGCUAAACCAGAGGAUUGUAUUCCCUUCAAUCUGGACGAUGACGGACAAUACCGUUGUGGUGUAUGUGACUAUCAAACAAAUAAAAAGGUCAAUGUGCUUAAACAUAGGAGGAAACAUGUUGAUGACAAACCCCACUGUUGUCCCUACUGUAAGUACAGGACUUCUACUAGUAGUAACCUGAAGAGACACAUCAGUAUUCACCAGGACAUUAGAAGUUUUAGAUGUCAUUUGUGUAACGCCACCUUCAGACAGAAAAUACAUUUGGAGAGACACAUACGUUACAGACAUGAGGAAAAGAGAGUGAAGUGUCCUUUGUGUGAUUAUGUUUGUGCCAAUGAAAACCCAGACCUCAAAGUACAUAUGAAGAGACGUCAUCUCCCACAAGAUGGCGAGGACGGCUCGUACCAAGCCUUUAAAUGUGAGGAGUGUGGUAUGGUAACAUUAAACAAGAAAGAUUUUAAACAACAUAUGAAAUUUCACCGAUCGGGACCUGAGCUCAAGCUUUUCUGUGAUUUCUGUAGUUUUGUAACAGACUGUGAAAGUCGUCUUAGACGUCACAGUUACAUUCACUCUAAAGAAAGACCAUACAAAUGUGGCAUGUGUGACUAUCGGGGCUCGCAAAAAGAACAUGUGAUCAGACACAUGAGAUCUCAGCACAAUAUAGAAAUAGAAAGAAAGAAUCGUAAAGGUGAUGAUGAUGAGGAUGAUUCCCUGUCUGGUUCAAUAGAUUCAAGGGAUGAGCCUCAGGAAAUGAAAAUAGUUGCGACGGAACAAAAAACAGAGAAGCACGACUAUUCUAGUCAAGAGAAAAUAUUUGCCUGUAACCAUUGCUCAAUGAAAUUUUCUAAAUUGUUAAAUUUGUACAAACAUUUACAUGCUCAACACAAAGAAAUUCUGCCUGAACCGACUGGUAAUGAAUUUCUUUGUGUUGUUUGUGAUUUUAAGACUACGACAAAGAAAAAUUUACUGGUGCAUAUGAGAAAGCACAAUCAAAUUGAUCAGAUUCCCCCUUCACAUGUGUACUCAUGUGUACUGUGUAAUUACAUUAACCCAAAACGUAGAAACUUGUUUCAACAUAUGAAAAAGAAACACGGAAUUGAAAUUGUAAUGAAAGAUGAUGGGUCUACUAGUUGUUUUGUCACAGACGGAAACAUUGUCUCGUCUAAAUGUGAUGAAGCUGUACAAAACAUUCUAACUAUCGGAGAUAUGGUAACAACAGAAACAGAGGAACAAGAAUUACAGAUCGUUACAGAAGAUUUAGAUAAAGAUGGAAUGCAAGUUCAAAAUGUUAUUAGUUUUGAUGACCUUGCUUAUGCUGUUUCACAUCCACAACCUCAUAAUCGUAAUCUAAUUGUGGUUGAACCGAAUACUCCUCUCGUUCAAGAGCAUGAGGCUGCAGAGGCAAUAGAAGGACUCCAGGCAUUGGCCGAACAACCUGGAAUUGUAAGUAACCAGGAAGUCAUGACAGAACAGCAGCUAAUCACAGCCGAUGUGGUGGAAAAUAUCAAAACUGAAAAUGAAACUGAGGUUGUUACCGUGGAAACUAAUGAUGAUCAGAAUGAUAAUGUGGAGAAAACAGAGGGUGAAGAUGGAAUACAACUGUCUGCUGAUGAAGUGAUGCAUCUCUCAGCUGGAGACUAUGUAGAAAUAAAUGGAGAAAUGUAUAAAGUGGAAAUAAGAGAAGAUCCAGGAACUAAUACAGAAACUGUUACUGACACAUCAUGAUUUAAAAAUAUUUUUGAGAAAAUUUUAAAAUGCUUCAAAAUGAUCAUAGAUGUAAAUUCCAAAUCAAUUGUUAUUUUACCAUUCCAUUAUACAGAGAUUUAGUUUCCAUUUCACACCUCAAGUUUUAUAUAAUGAUAUAAUUUGGAUUACACUAAUGCUUAACUUCAACUUAUCAUUAAAAUCAAUACACUUUGAACAAUUACCUUAUACACAUGUCUUCUUUUAACAUUAUAUAAGGAACAAGAAUAUAUGAAAAACUUGUAAUAUUCCCCUAAUUUUGAUAAUAGACAAAUUUAUGAAUUGAUUUGAUAAAUUGAUAGUAUUAUUUAAUUUCAUUUUGAAUUUUUUAUGCCGGUUUCAUAAAAGGAAUAUCAGUAGAAAAUAAUAACACAGACUCUAUUACCAACAUUUACUGCAUUAGUGUUUUAACGGCUUCGAAUUCUACAUGACUUGAAAUAAACUUUUUUAGAGAACUAACCUCUAAGGGCUGAAAUGUUCAACCUGUCAAUAUACUUUUUUGUCUUUCAAAAAUUGUUCACUGUUUCAGUAUUUAGAAAAAGAAUCAAUCAAAUUGGUUUAUCACACUAAUAGACACAUAUUGGGCUAUUUAUUUAAAACAUAUAGAUAUUCAAUGACAAAUGAAUAAUGCCAUUUGAACAGAUCUUGAUGAAUUUAAAAGUUCCAAUGCAUUUUUUUUUAUUAUAUAAGGGAGAUAAUUCAUUGAUCUUUUCAUUGAAAAAAAAAUGGCAUUCAUGCUAUUAUUAGAUAUUUUUUAAAAUACAUUUUAAACUGAUGGAUUAUAUUCUUAUGCAGAAAAAAAUCCAGUUGCAAUUCACCUUUAAAAAUUUUCAUUCUCAUUUGAAAGUGCAGGGCAAUUAUUUAUAAAACAAUAUUUCAGUGAUAAGUUGCAAUUUAGGACCAUAUUGGGCCUUGCAUCUGAAAUUAUAAUGAAUUAAUUUACAUUGUUACAGAUUGAAUAAAAUAUUACAUACUAUAUGUUACAAGUUGUGAACUAUUUUUUUUACAUGUGUUGCCUUAUUCCACUUGAGUAAUAGAAAGCAUUAUUGUUGAGUUAUCUUGAGAAAAAUGUUGACAUUGUUAUCCUAAUUUUAUUCUUGAAUAA